AUGGGGCAAAUGAGCCUGAGAUCGGGGAAGACGCUGCAAUCUCUACCUCAGAGGCCAAAGGUUCUGAAGUUUCCUGGUCCACCACUCCUUCCUUGCCCAAAUACCCUAGACAAUCCACCCAUCCUCAAGUUCCUUGGGAUGCCUCUGGUCCCAUACACCCAACCACCUCCUAUGUCUCAACCUCAAACCUCCACUCCACGAAAACAAAUCCCUGUCACCCAAUCCACCCAGACUGCCCAAACCAAGCUAGCUGCACAACCAAGGGAACAUCGAGAAGGUCCUCAUGAGGCAUUAGCUGUCUACACAAUCACUGAGUCGCAACCAUUCCAGGUACCUCAGAGUGAAUGCCUUCAACCAAAUACAUCGGCCCAGCUCAAAGUUGAUCCUUUCAUCGGCAAACAAGAUGAGGAUGCAAGAGCCACGUUCCAUAGCAAAGCCUGGCUAGAAGAAGAAAUGUAA